CAUCUCCGGUGGAAAACUUAUCGUUCGCCUGGAAAAUCUGUUCGGGAUUGCCCCAAUAAGCCACAUUGAUGUAAUGGGGCACCGAAUCUCGAAUGGUGAAGUUCCAAACGGCUCGCUGGCCCCCGGUAUCGGGACCUCGCUGUUGAGUUUCCAAGAUUUUCGGUCGAUUUUUGCCGAUUAUUAUGCCCACUAUCAGCACAUUGGUAACGUGCGGAUCCAAAUGCUUUAAGUCGACUUUUUGUAGCGACACGGCAUUGUAAUCUGGCUGAAUUUGAUUCAUUUUUACUCCAGAGAAAAAUGCGGACAUGAAAUAUUAACACGUGGUUUUUCGAAACAAGAUGGCCGUCGAUUUUUUUUUCUUUUUUUUAGUUGGUAGCCCUGUGUAUCCCAUGGCCAACUUGGCUAAAAGUUCAAUGUUAUCAUUUUUUUUUUUUUUAAUUUCGAUUAAUUUUCGGUUAAUUAAAAGCUAUUUUCAUUAAAAAAACGCAUUAUUUAGGUAUAUUGUUUUAUUUUUCAUUUCUACUUUAAAAAUCCGAAAGGGCAAUAGCCACGAUUGAGAGAGCGCGAGCCCCUCCGAUAAAUCUUCUUCGAGCCACUGACAAGACAACAAUCAAUUCCUAAACCCUAACCUCACUUUUUUAAAAUGUUUUGUUUAUAUUUACAUUAUUAAUUUUACAAUAAAUAAUCAAGCCUGAUUACCGUAAUUACUGUGGAAUAUUGAUAAAACUCAAAAAACAUACAUAAAUACAUAUUUAUUUAUUGUUUCAAAUCUUCAUAAUUGAUGUUCCCUUAAUAUACAAUGAUGACAGACAGCUUGAAUUUCAAAUUGGGCAAUCCAGGAGCAGUGCAAUUUGGAAAUUUCAUAAAUUAUUACCAAUUUCACCCUCCAAGCAAUAGAAUUGCUAUGCUGCCUACAGAUAUUUGGCAUUCUGUCAUGAAACCAAAUGAAAAGUGCUACAUUUUAGACGUUGGAUGUAAUGCUGGGGAUUUAACAAUUGAAGUCUACAACUUUUUAAGAGCAAACAUUUCAUCAUCAAACUGCAAAGUCUUAGGAAUAGACAUUGACCCAACAUUAAUCAAAAGGGCUUCUGAAAAAAAUUCUAUAGAAAAUAUAACUUUCAAAUGCUUAGACAUUAUGACUGAACCAGAGGCUAACUACUUAACAAAUUCCAAUAAUAAAUUUGAUAUUAUAUUUUGUUUCUCCAUUACAAUGUGGAUACAUCUUAACCAUGGCGAUGAAGGUCUGAAAAAGUUCCUGAAAAAAGUUUCAAACCUAACAAACAUGCUUGUAAUAGAGCCUCAGCCCUGGAAAUGCUAUAAAACAGCAGUGAAACGGUUCAAUAAAGGAUUUCCUCAAUUUGAAAAUUUAAAAAUUAGACAAAAUGUUGAAGAAGAAAUUGAAAAAUAUAUUUUGAAUUGUUGUGACAUGGGAAAGUUGGGGGAAAGUGAUAGGACUGAGUGGGGAAGAAAGCUAUUGUUUUUUCAAAGACAGAAGUAGGUUUAUGGCGUAUAUAUUUAUGUAUUUUUUUAAUAAAAAUGUUUGUUUUAUUU